AUGUAUAUUCUUUUGUUCGUGGCGGGGUUGGUCCUCGUGCUGGUGGUAGAGCGGGUGGUUCACUCUGUGCUGUCGCUGGUGGUGGACCGCUCGAUGCGCCCUACCAAGAGGUAUGCCUCCAUGUCUCUCGUGGGCACGUUCUUCCAGAACCUCUUCGCCUACUUUUUCUUCGCAUUCAACGUCCUGGCGAUGACGCUGGGCUUCAUCGCGCGGAACCUUCUCUGGUUUGGGUUCCUGGUGCUGGUCAUGGCAGUGCUCAGCAUGGUGCUGGACUUUGCUCCCGGGUUGGUUGCCGAGUAUGUGUACGUUUACAACGCCGGGCUGGGGACCUACAUUCACUUCUUCAUCGUCCUACCGGUUCAGUUAGUGGAGCUGCUGUUUAGCCAUGUCACCGCGCUGUAUAACUGCAUCAUGUGGAUCGUGAAUGGGGUGUUCCUGUCAGUGCUGGCCCCGUCCUUCCUUGCGGACAACGUGAAUGUCGGGUGGCUCCCUAGGUUCGGCACGUCUUUCUUCAAGUUCUCGGGUGAGGUGGUCCUGUCGAUCUCGUCGUACCUUGUCAAUGUGAUGGCGUGCGCGACGAACCCCCUCGGCGGGGUGCCCAGGGGUGGCACCGGGAGCUUCCUGAUCCUGAACGCGACGGGUUCGGUGGAGUGCUUCGAGCCCGGCAUGAUCAACCUCGACCUUAUAACUCCUGCGGGCAGCUUCCGCGAUAUGUGUCUCUACAUGGCAAGGUUCGUGGUGUUCUCCUGCCCCGCUGCGAAUGCGGUCAUUGAUUUACUAACAUUCCCGCUGAGCGAUAUGAACCUGUACAAGGGCAUCCAUUGUAUCGUGAACGCGCUUUUGGGUCUGUUCGUGCAGCUCCCCUUCGUGACCCUGCACCGCUGCCGGUUCGGUGCGACGCUGCCGAUGCUCGGCGUGCACCAGCGCAUCCUGUGCGCCCCGGACUUCCGCCCGGCGAUGGACCUUUCGGUAGCUGGGGCUAGGUACCUGGGUAGGACCGUCGACAACUGGUUGGACUCUUCGCUGGUGAUCCUGGAGACGCUCUUCACCGGCUCCGCACCGCAGUGCGACCCGGUCCCGAUCCCCCUGAGCUACAGCGACGAUGACUCCCGGGCGCUUUUCGGGGGCAACUUCCGCGCGGUGGUGGGGCUGACUCCGGGGAUGUACGCGGUGACGGAUGGGAUCAGCACGGAGUACAACAUCUUCUACAAGCAAGUGACAAGGGAGAUUGCUUACAGGAACUGGCCCUUUCCUGUCGAACCGGCGUACGGCAUCGCGGCGGUCAAGUACGGGGAGCUGCCCGAGGGGGACGUGGCGGGAGACCUGACGACUGGGAUGCUGGGGUGCGAGUGCCUGGACGUCCCCGGCGUAGGGGCGCAGAUCACCUGUGCGAUCGUCCCGUACCUCUCCGGGAGCAACAUGCCCUCCACCACGGGUUCCGUGGCUUCGAUGAUCCAGGACUACCUCAAAUCGAACAGCAUACAGCAGGCGGUCAACUCGAGCAACGCGACGCAGCGCAUCCCGGUGACCUUCUCCGUGCCCUCGUCGAGCCAGUACGCGACCUGCAAGAGGCUGAAGAUCCAGGUGGAGUCGCUCCGGUGGCCCGCGACGAGGGUGUCUGCAACGAGCACCAGCCCCGGUGCUUGGAACCAGAUGGGUGCCGCGGCCCAGGUGAAUAUCCUGGAUGUGGCCAGGGAGGUGAGGGCGGACGCUGCCAUCUACGUCAUGCCGCAGUGCCCCUUCUCGGCGGUCCCCGACCCUUCUUGCAUACCCGGCUUUGAAGGGUUCAGCUGCUACCCCUUCUGUGUGGGCCUGCACCUCACGGGGACGAUCAACCAGGGGAUUGUGCUGUACGGGGCCAACGACUGGAGGGACUCGGUGCAGUACCUCCUCCGGGACUGCGGGGUGGGGCAGGGCGCCGUCGGGUCGAUAUCCCCUUCUGCUCUGAGCCUUUCCCCGCUUGCAUUCGGCCCUCCUGUCCGGUACACCGUCCCAAAGGGCGUGGUGUACAACGCGGCGGCGCAGAGCGCCUGGGACCCGGCGACGCAGAGCUGUGUCUCCAGCGCGGAUGUUAAUUCAAGGGUUUCUGUGAACCUUACUACGGUGUAUGCCUUCCCUCCCGACCAGAGCGAGCCGACGAUCCGGGAGAAGUUCCAGCCCUUCGUCUUUGCGAGCGAUGUGGUGCUCACGGCGUACCAGGACGGUCUGGGGAAGUGGAGCGUCAAGGUCUCUAGGAUCUUCGGGGAGGAUGCGCUGUCCUUCAGGCUGGUGGAUCUCCCCGGGUUGAUCCCCGCGAACGACAUCUGCCUGGGCUCUCCGUCCUGUGAAGAGCCGUUCCAGCCCAGUCUUAUUGGGAUACCGUACGCGUACCAGGACUACCCGCAGCUGUACAACCCCUCCACAACGAGCCAGUGGGCGGUGUUCUACGCGACGAACCCGAACCCGGAGGUGUACGAGGCGUAUUCGCGGUACUGCGCGGGCCUCCCCACGAAGUUCGGCAUCGUGAUGGACUCCAGCUACGGGCAGGUGAGGGUGUGGAAGUUCAACGCCUUCGCGCUGGACCAGUCUGAGACGUCGGGGGCGGCGGUGAUGACCUGGACCUUCGAGGGCUUCAACCGGGUGCAGGAGGUGAGCAACUGCGGGGCUCUGUACAACAUGUCGGUGGUCAGGCUGGAGUACAUCAAUGAAUACAACGUCGCCGUCACGGUCCUGCAGGCCUCUAUGCAGAGCUUCGAUGUUGUGACGAGGAUGCCGCGCCCCGGAUUCGAUGGCUUUGAUUACGUGGUCUACUUCAUUAACCCCACGACCAACGAAGGGCCUUCCGAGAGCAUGUUCAGUGAGCUCGUCCCGCAGUCUCUCCUGAGCGAGGGCCUGCUGUGCCCUAGCCAGCGCCGCAUGCCCGAGGUCGGCUCGAGCCUGGCGGAGGCCUGGGCCGGUGUGUUGUACUUCAUGCGGCUGCCGCUCAACGCGGUGGUGCUCUUCCCUGCUAUCUUCAGCGGUGGGGACUGGCCGCGCUUCACCGAGUGCUCAGCGGUGGCUCUGGGGCAUUCUUUGCUGUUGGGGUGCGGGAAGGGGAUCCUGAACGUCGACAAUGCCUUCGAGGCUUGGCACCGUGCGUCGUUCCUGUUCUAUCACUCCUUCGUGAAAAUCGCCACCUUUGGUCAGAGCCUGAGCCCCUCGAAUCCCAUCCUCCUGUACACCAGGCAGGCCGUCGUAGGCUCCACCGUCGCGGCAACCUACCUGACCAACGGUGCGCCUGCCUUCAUGGCGAAAUUGCUAGGAUCUGUGAAUUUUAACCGUCCAUUUGCGGAUAUGUCCCGCGCGAUGUUGUUCGGGCUGCCCUCCUGGAUCCGGAUUUUUGGGCGCGUGGUCCGGUUCUCCUCGACGAGCUUUCAGAUGUUCCUUCGCUUCCUGGAGCGGCUGAUCAUGGAGUAUGUGCUCAAGCUGGCCUCCGGGCAGGGGGUGGACUCUGGGAUCUUCUACAUCCUGACGGCGAUGAGGGACGACGUCGACCAGCUCAUGGUUCAGCCUGCCAGGGAGAUCUGCGGCGGGGUGAGCCUCAUCUUCGGGUACACGAACCCCCCCGCGACGGCGAUGCGUUUCUUCUGCACGGUCGGGGCGGAGACGGCGCUGGGGCUCUUUGACUUUAUGAACGUGUUCCUGAUUGAUUUCCCUGUUGUCGACUGCGUGUGCCGCGGCGGGCAGGGGACGGUGUUCCGCGACCACCUCGAGCAGCAGUGCUACAAGUGGGCGCCCGUGGGCUACCGCCCGCUUCUUAAUGCGAUGCUGGAGCAGUCGGCGGGAGAUCGGCGGCUCAUGUGUAGUAUGCUGGUGGAGAGGACGAACGGGAACUUGUCAACGGCCUUUGAUGGGGUCUUCACGGCGCUGUACGAAGGAUACCAAAGCAUCGGUUCCAUGUUUGACUACUUCCUUGUAUUCAUCGAUUCUUCGAGUGGGACCUGCAGCAAUUAUUACUCCUCGGACUACGUCAUGGCGAUCCUCCCCGAGCCGAUCGACUACUUCACGAUGUGCUACCGGACGAGGCUGUGCGAGCUGGCCUGCGGGGAGCAGUACGACGCCUUCCACACGGCGCUGGCGCAGGUGGCGGGGGGCAAGCCGCUCGUGUACAGCAUGAAUCAGACCGUCUCGGUCGAGAGCCGCUUCUUCAGCUCGGGGGGUGAGUUCUACGGCACGGACCGGCUGCCCUUCGAUGUCAUGGCCCUGGUGGAGAUGUCGGGCUGCAACCGCGUUUGCUACGGGGACGUGGGGAUUUCUGGCCCCCCCUCGCAGCCGGACCGCUGUGUCUCGAUCGCGGGGAUCGAUAGUCACUUGAAGAUUGCGGUCAAGGCCUACUGCCUCCCCUCCAGCCUGAAGACCGGGAUCCGCCCGUCCGCCAAGAUCCUGGACGGCUCCUUCCGGGGCACGGCGAUCGACUAUGAGGUGGACGGCAGCGAGGCGUGGUCGGCGGGCAUCGCGAGGCUGCAGUACGCGAGCGUGGACCUCGUCGACUCGAUUGGCAGGAGCAACAUCCUGGUCGUGACGACGGAGCAGGAGGUGAGCCUUGUCAGUGACCAGAGACAGAGCUACACCCUGCUGAAGACCAUCCCUUCUUCCCAGAAAGCGGUGCUUGUCACGGACAUAUACAGCAUCGAGGAGGUGGUGUCCUUCCCGAGUGACGACAUCGCUGACAUCUUCGUGAGGGCGACGACGACGGACUGGAGCGUCCCGCACGAGCCAUCGACGGGCCCGGUGUGCCUGCAUGUCAGGCUCGACACCCAGCGCUUCGCGACGGAGGCGAUCCUGAAGACCUCCGCUUUCACGAUCAAGAGAUGCGCCGGCGCCGUGAAUGUGUUCUCCACGAUCAGGACCCCGUACGUGACGUGCCUGGGCCCUUCCUGCUCCGGCGUGGCGCUGUUCCCGACGGAGGAUGGGGCGGAGGUGAAGGUGUGCGACCGGAGCGAGGGGGCGCUGACCUGCGUGGCCGUGCCGAGCGGUGGCCACCUGGCGUCCGACCUGGGGCUGAGCUCUAAGAAUCUGCCGCAAGUAUCCAUGACACAGGACAAGCGGUUCAUCCGGAGGGUGCCGCGCGUGGCGCAGAGCUCCCUGACGGGCUGGAACGGGGCGGGGCAGCAGAGCUCCAUGACGGUCUUUGCCGUGGCCGGGCAGAAGGUCACCACGACCUGGCUCUCGGACAUCCGCUUGAGGGUGGAUGGCGGGGUGUGGGCCGGGACGCGGUCAUAUUCCAGCACAUACCAGAUGCUGACGACUCUGAAGAAGAACUGCAGUGUGGCCGACUGCACGGGAUGCAUGGGCUACCCGACACUGCAGAGGCUCUGCUACGCCGCGUCGCAGUGUGCGGUUGCCAGGUGCAUCGGCACAGAGGUCAACUUCCAGCGCCCGCUCUGUGCCAUCGGGUCGGUGGUGUCGAAGCUGAUGCGGCAGGCACUGCUGACGAUGCAGAACGUCUACCUCAUCUUCUCGCAGAGCGUGGCGCUCAUUGUCGAUGCCUCUACCGGGCAGAUCACCAACCGCGUGGUGAUCGAGUGGCCGGACCAGGUGUUCUUCUCCGCCAUGUGCGACAUGAAGGACAUCACCGUCUCUUCCGUGGGGGUUUUGAUGUCCCUAGUGAACGGGAUCACCAUGAAAGCCCAGGCGAUCCUCAGUUCUACCGAGGUCGGCCUUGUCCCUACAGACCCAAGUUUCAACGCCAAGGCGACACUCUCCAUGGCCAGCAUGACAAACCUAUUCUCUCAGAUCCUCCUCCUCCCUCUGUACGUUUUCAUCGCCGCGCAGAAGACCUUUGUCUGCACGACCAACAGCAUGACGGCGAUCCUGAAUUCGGACCUCCUGGGCAAUUUCCAGUUGGUGAUUGGAGACCCGAGCAUCCAGGCCGUGAGUGGGGACGUGGCGGGCAUCUGCCUCACGCAGGUGUUUGAGCAGGACGUGCAGGCCCAAGCGCUGGGUGGAUCCGACUUCAUUGGGGGGGCGGCGGCGCAGGUGACCGACCGCCUGAUCGACGCCGGGAUGACGCUGCAGCUUGCCCCCGCCUACCACUUGACGGAUGCUGUGCUGGCCUAUGCCUCGGGUGUCACGUACGGCUUCAUGGAUGUCCUGCAGACCAUCGACCAGAAGCACUGCAGGCUCCCCGAUGUCACCACGGAGACCAUCUACCGCUGCGCCUGCGGGGACCUUGCCCACAGGGUGUCCCCCGAGCGGCGCCAGGAGGGCAUCCGGGAGCAGGCCUUCUGGUGCGUCGGGUCGCUGCAGCUGCUGGGGCCGGACGGGAAGCCGAGGCUCGUCUACAACCCUUACACCUUCGAGGAGCUGGUGACGGCCUCGAGGACAAAGAUGAGCACCUAUCUCACCUGCGUAGGGAGGGGGCAGGGGGAUUGCAGCCGGCAUCUCCCCACCCUCCCUCUGCUCGCAAGGCAGGACGUGGAUCCCGGGACUGUGCUCACCAGGUGCCGUUCCAACUAUGUGAACAAGGUGUGGGACGCGGGGGCGGCCUACCUCACGGGGUUUCGAAACUACCCCGACCUAGCCAAGGUGGGGUACAUCAUACAGCAGAGCUACCAGCCCUCCCUGAUCCCUUCCUCCGUGGUUACGUGCCUGGAGCAAACGCUCCGGCUCGGGACUGGGAAUGACGCGUGCCUGCUAGGGUGGCUGACGCUCACGAACCGCACCCGCGAGAACUACUUCCGUUACGAGGUGGCCGGCUUCGUGUCGGACAAUUCCGAUUUCGCGGAUGUGGACGGGUGCGAGGUCUUCACCGGGCCCUCCAGCAACCCGGACCCAGCCAAGGCGUACCAGUUCGAGCAGUGCCUGAACACCUCGAACGCGGCGCAGUGCCAGCUCCCGCAGUACAUCUGGUCGGGGAGGACGACCAACCGCGUGCCGGUGGCUUCGCUCCAUUCGGUGAGCUACCCGCCGGGUUCGACCCAGCUGUACGAUGCCGCGAGGGAGGAGCACCUGAAGAUCAAGAAGGAGGCCACGGAGUACUUCACGGAGGCACUCUUGCAGUGGGAGAAUCCGGAGCUGGAGGCGAGCUUCUUCUCCGUGGAGGGGGACAUAUUGCACCAGCUCUUCGACUGCUACUUCAUGGGACCCUUCGCCUCUGCCGAGCUGUGGCCGUCGGGGGGCACGCGCUCGGUCAGGUCCAUGCUGUACUACCGGAACAGCCCUUCUGAUCGCACCUUUAUGGUCCCAUCCGCGAACUGCAAGCCCGGCGUGGACGCCUGCUGUCCCCAGCAGUCCCCCUUCUCGUGCGGUGGCCCUGCGAGGAACGCCAUCAUCCAUGGCUUCAUCGAGAAGCUCAAGAACAGCCCCGGGGGGCCAACAAACGAGGUGCUGGCCAGGGCGGUGCAGGACGGUGUCAAGGCCAAGCUAAGGGAGUUCAAGAGCAUCUUCACCAACGUCAACAGCUUCGGCUGCCCCUGUCCGGGCGGGGCCAACAGCGUGGAGUGUUGCUCCAAGGACAACCCGGGUGUCUGGGCCUCCAAGGAGAUGCAGGCGAUCGACUACUCCGUCCUUGAGAGCCAGAGCGUGCUGGAUGUUAUCUUCGAUCUCGCGGCAGAGUACAUCGAGACGGAGGUCUACUUCAACCGCACUCUCUUUGAAGCCUUCGCCGAGCCCCUCACUGACUCCCAGCGCGCCCAGCUCCGCGAUGAGUCGAUGUUCGACCCUUCCAGCCCUGUCUCGGGGUAUGACGAGAGCGAGGUCCUGGAAGCAGGCAGCAAGAACCGCUCCCUGUGGGAUCUGUGCGUGGACCUCGUCUCCCAGAUCUUCGCGACGCUGCCUCUCGAUGCGGAAAGGGCUUCCUUCGGUGCCUCCUCCUACGCAUAUGAGCACGACCCUACCCGGAGCCCUUCCUCCUCCCGCUUCGCAGACAGCAUCGAGGAGACCGUCAGCUACAUCCUUGGGAGGGCCAAGGAAGACUCCCCCUUUUACUGGGGGACAGGGGGUGGCGACCUGAGAUAUAUGCCAUCCAAGAGCGCAAGGUGCAGGACACGCGGGAGUUUGGUGAGGCCUGUGACCAAUGGUACUUUGAACCCGCUGGACGGUGCCUAUAUUCCUCUGGGGAUCGAUGACACGGGAGUCGGGGUCAGGUACACCGUGGCGGGGAGGCUGGCGGGUCUUCAGCUCCCAAAGUACGGCGUGCUGGGCCAGAACGCCUCUGGCUUCACCCAGCGCUGCUAUUGCGGUUGGACUACCCCAAAUGGGAUGCUCUGUAGAGUUGAUCCGUUGGUCUGCGCGACGGCGAGGUUGGCGAGCCUGACCUCCCUCCCGGGGGGUGCGGUGGAGGAUUUCCAGGCGAUCUGCCAGGCUGGGAGCUAUUCCACGUUCGGGGAGUGGGUGAGCGUGUACAGGGUGGCCGAGGCGGCGUGGGACGCUUCCUGGAGCUGCCCAGAUAUGCAGCUGUCGGAUGUGUGGGGCGUGGUGAAUGACCUUCAGUUGGACUACUGGAUGGCGAAUAUCGAUGAUAGCUUUGUGGACUACAACUAUAACCUCCAGGAUGUCCUCCACCUCGGCACGGCGGGACUCCGCCUCUCGAACAUGGAGUGGCUGCAGCGCAACUCGCAUCUCUUCCUCCGCCCGGCCGCGAGGAGGUACAAGCUUUACAACCCAGACACCGAUAUCUCCGUUGCGCUGGAGGACUGCGUGGACGAAACCAUCGAUUCCAACGCUGCGAAUGGCUUCCAGUCCUACGUCGGGAGCCUGUCCAGCGUCUACAGCCACUUCAAGGACCGACUGAUGCCCGUCCUCAGGUCGACGCACACCUCCGGCUCGGAGGCCUUCUGCACCCGCUUCGUGCUGGAGCUGGCGAGGUUGGAGGCACUGGUGUACGUUGACCAGGCCGUCGGGGCACAGGAGCCCAACCCGGAGAUCUCGGUUCAGAGGGUUGCGGUGGACCUCUGGCGCACGCGCUGCAUGACGCAGGUCCGGAUGGUUGGGCUGUGCAACCUGCACGGUGUCUUUGACCGGGUCCCUCCCAAUCAUAGCAUUCAAGGGAGCCACUGCCCCUUUACGAUCACCGGGACUUGCGGGAAGAUGUACCUGACAUCCGACUGCAUUGUGUACUGCGAUGGCGUUUUCUCCGAGCCCUGCUCCUGUGCGGAGGCCGCCGGGGUUCCGUGCUCUGGUUAUGCGUGGGACGUUUCUCUGAAUGCUACCUGCCCCCUUGCCUUCGACCCGCGUGGCAUUUCCGACAUGGAUAUUGAGCGCUCGACGCUGUACGCCCCAACCGUGUUCCCGGAGGAGGAGCUGCUGGCAUCGGGAUUGAGCCCAGAGGAGAAUCUGGCUCUUGCGGAGAGGAUACUGGCGCACGAGGAGCAGUAUAUCACCACGUUCAUCCCCAAAGCAUCCGACAAGUCGUUGAUGGAAGAUGCUCUGAUCACUGGCAGCAAGGCGGGAGAAGGUGUCGCCUUCGGCAAGCCUCUGGGCAACCGGGAAUACUGCGACGCGGUGGCGGACUACUGGCCGGAGGGGUGGAUCCACCCGAGCGGCUACCACGUCACGGUGGGGUGCCGGCACGAGGAGACGGCCUUCCGUGGCUUCGACACCUGGAUGUCUGUGGAGUACGACUCCGUGAGGGGAGAGAAGUACCUUCAGCUGGAUGCGAGGAGGCUGAGGAACGAGACGCUGCUGAAGAACUACUUCGGUUCCGCCGCCUCCUGCUCCGCCGCCUCUUACGGCAUGCCCAUGUUCGAGACAAACAACGCCAGGCUGCAGGCCCGCUGGAAGGACGGGCAGAGGUACGACCCUACCCAGCCCAUCGGGCGCUUCGUCCCGGGAGAUACUACGGAUUACAUUCAGACGGGGGUUGCCGGUGGCUGGGACCAGGUCCCGACGCAAGGGAGGAUUGGGAAGCACACCCGCCCGUCAUCGGGCCUUCUGCACCACUGGAUCCCGGAGAUGGCAACGGGGGCGACGGCGACGGCGGUUUGGCCUGCGAGUGGACAAACGUUUGGAAGGUACGAGCUCCCGGAGGGGACGGUGCCGGAGUGGGGUCCUGGCUGCGGGCAGCUACCACUCAGGACUUGUCGCAACGACACAGACUGCCCUGCCCUGCACGGCGCGGCCGUGCGCUGCCUGAGGUCGUGGUCCGAGUCCCGCGGGGAGGAGAGGGACGGGGUUUGCGCCGUGCAGGGCUCGGCGCCGCUGCAGUGCUACCAGAACCAUCAUUGCAGGGACUCCGGGCAGGUCUGCUCCGCAUGGGGCAGGUGCGUGGAUGGCUAUGUCCUGAUGCGGAACAAGGUGGGCUACCCUGUGGAGAUGCACUCCCACUCGGAGAAGUGCGGUGAAGAAUCGCUCGGGUACUCCCCCUGGCAGGUCGUCCCGGACUUCCUCCCGCGCCACGGCAUGUGCGGGUUCCGAGAGUGGUUCGAGUACGAGACGAUGCGGGCGAGGGCGACGGGGGCGGCGAGCCCCGGCACGCUGGCGGCGGUGAACCCGGAUGUGCUCUGGUACAGCACAAGCCCCUAUGUGACGGACGCGGUGGUGAAGCAGGGUCUGUUCGAGAGGGGUAUCCUGAAGGUACACCCUCACACCUGCGACAGGGACUAUGCUUAUUCCUUCCCUUCCUGCGCUGGAAACCCUUCCUCCGUCUUCAACGAGGUUGGGGGAGCUGUGGAUCAACCCGGGGAGGGCAGGACCAUGCGGACGUACCGGAGGGCUGCCGCGGGCUGGGAGUUGGACCUCUGCUCUGUAGACCACAUGGAAAGGCAGAGGACGGGUUUCCUGUACCCUUUCUCCGGUGUGGCCGGGGAGGACAGCUUCGCGGGCGUCCAGAACUCGCUCAGCCUCUGCUCGAAUCUUCAGCUCUGUUCUCUUCAGGAGUUCUAUGUACAGGGCUACCAUACGCUCGGGCGCAAGAUCAACCGGGUGCAGAAGGAUGGGAGCUGCAUCGAUUCCGGGAAUUGCCUGGCGACCCCCUACCAACUGCAGGACGGCCUAUUCUGCGGUGCUGCGGGAUAUCUGAAGGCCCUGGACCCUUCGGACGUGGCGAGGAGGUACGACCCGAUAUGCAGGGUGGACCCCCUGGUCACUCCCCUGGUGAGGAUGUUCUGCACCGCCGAUAGGGCGUCCAUAUCGAGUGCCUGUGACCUCGACCCGAGCUAUGCCACCGUGUCCAACGUCCAGGAGCUCUGCAGACUCUGGGACGAGGACUACAACUACCAGUCGCUGCCCAACAUCGACCGCGCGCUCAACCGGGCGCUUCUCCGCUUCUUCAAGCGCGGUUUCACGACCUGGGACGAGUACCAGAGGCGGGCGACCUGCGCGGCGACGGUGUUCAACCUGAUGGGGGUGUACGCGGGGCAGCAGACGCAGGGCACGGGCGGCACGCAGUGGUACUCCGUCGAGCUCGAGCCGGGGGUACCUACCUAUUUUCCUCCCUAUGCUUCGCUGUACGUCUUCCGCGACGCUUCCCAGAUGGAGAUCCCGGCGGCGUGGUGGGUGCAGUGCGUGCUGCUGGACUCUUCCGUGAACGUGGAGCUCCUUGAAAGUGCAUCCACCGACCAGGUGCCGUGCCGCGGGUGGGAGAACGCCAAGACCGCGGGGUACCAGCCGCAGACGGUGCGUGACUUCCUCCUUAGCUCCCCGAGGGUGUACCUGGAAUCCGGGAUGAACUCGCCUACCAAUGAGACGCAGAUCGCGCUGAGCAUCUACGACAACCUCUUCGAGCAGGUGUCCCUGGCAAGGCACACCGUGCAGGGCGCCAUGGGGGGAGGGGAGCAUCGGCUUUCCUAUGUGUAUUAUCGCACCUUGAAGGACCUGUAUCUCACCGACGAGGACUACAAUGAAUUCGCGAAUGCGGUCGACAGUGGUGGCAACAGCAACAACGAUAAGGUGUUCAAGACCAAUGCCGUACCCCGGGAUGACGGGACAUACCCCUUCUACGACGAUUCCGACAUCCCCGGCAUAUUCCAGCAGGUGGUGAACUACAUGAUGAGCGGGAGUGUCAGGGAUGGCUACUUCCCCCCCGGGUCGGGUGUGAACCGCCUGUCCAAGGCGAUGGGAUCGUUCACGAAGACGUCGCUCUCGGACGGCUUCCUCGAUCUCGGCCCUGCGUACUUCGACCCAUCCCUGGGCGUGCUGCAGUACACCCUGCCGACCCUGGCGCCUUCGUUCUUCGAGGCGGAGUUGGACAGGAUCCUUGCGGGAGUGCUGAAGCAGGAGGAUGACCUGCAAGAUUGGAAAGAUAUCGGGCUCGAGUAUGAGUACGAUGCCUUCAAGGACUAUGCCACCCUUGCCGACCUUUCCACAGGGACUAUGCGCAUGACCAAGUGCCUCAAUGUCAACUUCAAUACCUCCGAGCCCGGGGUGAAUCAGAACUUCAUCAGGCCAUUCGUGAGGCUGCUGGAUCAGAACGCCGGGGGUGAGGACAUAUAUGUCUGUGACAGCGAUGUGGGCUACGACAGGCGCACCGGGCAGAGCUGUGGGCUGAUGCAUGACUCGUUAGAUGACAAUUGCUCCACUCGAUUCGUCUAUCUCCGCGAGUACAACAACGGGGAGGGCAUCGUGGUGCAGACGCAUUGCAAGCAACCCCUCUUUGUGCGGGAUCUGGUGGAAGACGACAAGCGUAAGAUCGCGGACCUCUCCCGCCUCGACCUUGACACGGCAAACCCCGCGGGGGCCAUCUGCCUCCGCACGGAUUCCACGUGCUUGCAGGGCGGUGGGUUGGAGGGGAGUUCGGUAGGAGUGGUGUCCGUCGUUCCCACCUUGGGUGUGGAGGUGCAGACAUUCUACCGCGAGAUGCAGAGCGGUGACCCCAACUCCGACAAGUUCUACGGGCCGCUGUACCAGAAGGCUUCCACCCGCUGGUACCCAGCGUGGGUGGACUGCUACGGUGUCCCGGGGGUGAACAAGAGCAACCUCCAGGCCUGGACGGGCUGGGAUAGGGCGCGCGUGGAGCAGGCAAGGGAGAUUCUGCUUGCUAGAGAGAAUGCGGAGGGCUCGAGCCCCAACCUACAGGUCCUGGACCUAGAGGCGAUCUGGAAUAGCAGCAGCACCCGCCCGGUGAGCUUCUCCGUCCGCUGCAACGUCUCCUCGUGCACCACCAGCACCGGGGUUUCGUUCGAUUGCGGCAGCGACGGCCAGUGCAACGUCCGGAUGGAUAACAUGGCCGUCCAUGCCAUGUCCCUGCGCCUGACCGAGCCCUCCGUGUACUUCUGCGCGUCCAGCGAGGCGCAGGCGAGGGAGCGGUGCCCGGCGCGGAGGACGAACGACAGCGUCCUGGUGGAGAUCAGGAACAACCUCUGGUACUGCAAGGCCGACUGCGUGAGGAAGACGCUCCUGAAGUACGUCGGGAAGCACUCCAUCAAGUACCGCGGACUCAGGGAGGACGUGCUGGGCUUCACCCCCUCGGACAGGAGCGCAAUCGGGCUGAGCGAUACGAGCAACGCCCGGGACGGCUAUUCGCAGAAGGACAGCUUCCGGCUGGUGCACCACCUGAUGAGGAAGCAGAUCUUUGGCUCGGGUAACGCGCUCCCUGGCUCCAUCUACAACAGCGUCUGGAUGAAGCCCAGCGCGCUGAGUGCCUCCUUCAUGGACCGCCACUCGCUCUACCCCUUCCAGGCCCUCACCCUGUACGAUUACGUGAAUUACGUCGAGCAGGCCGACACGAUGCGGAAGCAGCCGCUGGACACCUGCAUCAACCAGGCGGUCGACGUCACCGAGUGCUCGAAGGACCAGAUCACGGGGCAGCGCGUCCAUCGCAGCAGCCUGGAGCAGUGCGCCUCGGAGCUGAAGCGGAGGUCUUCCUUGGUUGCCAAUCCGGGCUACGCUGUGCUUGUGAAGCUGAGGGGAGAGGAGCUCACCUCUUCGCAUCUGCUUCAUUGGGCGGCGGCAUCGCGCCCGGAGAGGGACCGUUUCGUCGACUGGGUGACGAGCGCCGGCCGUUGCUCGGAGACGCGCCAGUCCGAGGCGGUGUGCUACCUGACCGGGGACGGGAAUGUGUUCACCAUCAACCCCUGGCUGGGCGGCGGGUUCAAUAUCCACGAGGCCUGCGACACCGUGCCGCUGCCGGAGCAGCUCACCCGGGUGAUCAGCGCGGACUGCUUCCCCCAGGGGUCCGGGACUUGCAGGAAUUACACCGCCCUGGUCUAUACCCCCUGUGUCUCCAAGAACAAUCAGCCCCCGAGCAGGACGGACAUCUUCACCUCCGCCUCCAACAAUCUGUGUGAGAAGGCGCCGCGCCCCAACUCAACCUGCCUGCAGAGGCAGGGUCUGUACGGGGGCGGGGAGGGGGAGGGCAUGACCGAUCUGUACACUCGGCCUUUGUAUUCCAUGCCCUACUCGGGGAUCUUCGGCAUGGAGCCCAACCCUUCCUACCAUUCCAGGACUCCGUCCAAUGGCAUUCUAAGGCAGUCCUUCAUGGAUCUGGGGGGUGGUUUCUUCGUCGCGGACCUUCAGACCCUGGAGGAUGGGAUGACCGACAACCUGCUGCCGGCCUGCAUGCCGCUCUGGUACCCCACCAAGGCAGACGGCUCCCCCGACCUUGCGGGCAGGGACCCGUGCUCGAACAACAGCAUGGACUGGCUCUCCUCUUACUCCGUCGAUUCCCGCGUCGACUACGACCUUAACCGGGUGGAUCUCGGGAACACCGUGGCGGAGGGCCAGCUGCCGCCGUGGGACUGCCCCGUCCGGGAGAUGCACUUCUGGGGCGGGGGCGACGCCUCCUUCCGGCCCAGGGCGCCAUACGGGCCGAGGGCAGGGGUGAUGUUCUUCGAGGCGAGCAACAUGGGGGGGAGUGCCGGAAACGGGAUGUCGAAUCCGGUGCAGCCCUAUGGGGUGGAGAUGCCCGGCCUGCAAAGGCCGUACUUUGCAUCGGAGAUCUGCAGCUGCUCCUCUGCGGGGGACUGUUCGUUCCAGGUCGUUUCCAAGGAGAGCUGUUCUAUCCUUUCAACGGACUGUCCCGUCCACGACCGCCUGCGCGAGUUCCAGCUGCGCUACAUCCCUGUGCAAGUCACAGCGGAUGCCGGGAGGACCACCCUGGACGAAGGCGGGGAAUGCCACAUGGGGAGGAUGGUCAGCGUGCCUUCCACCGUCCCGCUCGGGGGGCAGUGCCACCGCUACAACUACUCCCACCUCGAGUGCUCGGUGACGGCUAUCUCCGGGGGAGAGGGUGCAGUGACGGAGGUUAGCUACCACCACCUGGAUGUUCCUAGGUCGACCAUGUACCUGGAACAGCUGUCACGGAACUUCCGCAGGCGCUGCGGGCAGUGCCAGGCUCCCCCCAAGACGGAGAAGUUCGUCAACAGGGCUGAUCGGAGCAUCCAUGGCGUCAGCUACCUCGCCGACGGCCGCUUCACGAGCUUCGGCGUGCCCGUCAGGCUGUCCCUCGCCCGCAUGCUGGCCCGGGACAUACGGCAGCAGGUAUGCGGGAAUCAGGCGCAGUGUUCCCUGCUGGACUCCGUGGCGAACACGAACGAAUGGACGAUCGACAACUUCAUGGGGAAGUACCUCCGUGACAUCGCCGGGCUCUUCACCUCGGGAGGGGCUGCGGGGAGCAUCACCCCGCCUGCUCCCAGCCUGGUGGACGACACGAUGUUCUGGGGGCGCAACUGGACCUUCUGCACGGAGACGGAGCGCAACCUGACGACCGGGCAGUACCGACGGGAGUGCUUCGGGAGCAUACCGAAGGACACCUGGAUGCAUCCCUCGCUGCGCAGCCCUUCCUGCAAGUCCGCGAUGCUGUCCAGCACCCCCACCCGGGCGGCGAUGAUCCCUGUGAGGAUCUGCACCCUCGAUGCCACGAUGAACGACCUCUGCAUCCGCAUCGGUGACUUCAUCCAGCGCAUCCAGGCGGCCAACUGCAAGGCAGCGGGGGUGUGCAGCGACCAGAAGUUCCUAUACAACCCGGCGGCUUACAGCAUCUCGAACCAGCAGUUCAUCACGGAGACGGUCCUGGACUUUUACGAGUCGGUGUCCGCCGGGGUCUGCGCGGCGUCCUACACCACGGGGAUGGUGGCCGAGGUCAUCGCGCAGAACAAUGUCAUGAGGGGCAAGUGCCCGGCCCAGAUGCUCGUCCCGGUGCAGACCACCAUCUCCCAGCUGCGCCAGGUCGUACAGACGCUCGUGAAGCUGGCGUAUUACGUUGCAAUGAUCGUGAUAAAUUUCCUCAGGCUGGUCACCGGACAGUCUUCCGAGCAGGUGAUGCCAGACGUCUUCCGGUGGCUCGAUCUGUUCAUCAAUGAGGCCAAAGUUCUCUUCGACCAGCUGGGAAACAUGCUCUUCGGGAUCAUCCAGGCGACACCCUUCGGAGAGCAGCUAAUGAUCAUCAUCCGGAUUAUCUGCACACUCUUGAAUUGGUUCAUCAUGUACUUUUGGCUCCCUGUCAUGUGUCCCAUUCUUCAGGGUGUGGGUCAUGUCUCCCUCUUUAUCGCUAACAUCCUUAAGGGAAUUGCGGAGAUAUGCAUCCUUGGUAUAUGCCCUUUUGAGUGGAUCACAUACCAGAUCCCGUUAAAGGUCGGUGAGACGCUCGUGGGUAUGGACUGCACCCCACGAGAGGUAUUGGACUGCAACAUCGGGGAUAACUACCAGCCCAGCGCCGGGGACGGGACGCUCCCCACCCCGACGCGCUGCUGGGCCAGCUACUUGAGCAGCGUGGCCGAUUCCGGGAAGUUGUCGUGCUCUGGUGCGGACACCUGCGCCAGGGGGUUGACCUCGGACAAUGCCGAUACGGUAGUGUGCGAUGCGUGCCCCUUCGGUGCCGACGUCACCGUCACGAACCGUUUCGGCUGCGACCCCAUCCGCAAGCAGUGCUCCUGCAAUGUCCAGCAGAUCUCGCAGACACCCUGCAUGACGCACGAGCAGUGCAUCAACCAGGCGGGAGCUACCUGCGUGUUCAUGAAUAGCCGCGUGGAGCAGACGUUUGGGAACAUACCCUGUGGUCAGUGCACCAGCCAGCCCAUGUGUGUGAUCCAGCCUGGGCAGACCUACGGGUCUUGCUCUUGCUUCUUGACGAAGGUGGUACCGGAGUCUUGCUCUGUGAGUGAGGUAGGGAUGAAUGUUCAGUACAAGCUAUCCGGGCUGUGCCUGGCGCAGGUUUCAGGUAGCAUGGGCGGCUUCACCGCCGAGACGAGCUCUACCUACACAAUUAGCUACAACAACCUCCUUGCAACGCCGUGCUACAACGCGGAUUCUUCCAGGAUCUAUUGCUACAGCGUCUACAGCUCGGCCUUCAGCUACGCUCCCAUGCUCGUCUCCCUGGGUGUCAGCGGGCUCUCCGGUUCCGGCUCCCAGUCCCCCUACGGCAGGCGCUUGCUCGGCAUCGAAGGCGCUCCUGACUUUUUCAGCCACGACGAGCUCUGCAUGGACGCCUGGGACGACUUUCUCGCCACCAACCGCAGCACGAGGGUGAUGGCCGGUUGUGUCACCCGGUUUGCCGCGACCUACGACGUCGUGUCGGCGCACGGGCUGCUGGACUACAUCCCCCCGAACAUGUUUGUGAGCUGGGCGGACUUCCUGACCACCGUGGGUGACAGGCCGGACUCCCUCCUGGUCCUCCUGUACUCCCCUGGCCUCGCCUUCGAGCUCCUCCUCCGCACCCCCCUGUACCACCGCCUGGUCAGGCACUACCGAGCCUGGACGGCCGCGCUGACGGAGCUUUACCUCGACGUGACGGUGCACCGCAGCAUCCAGCCCAACGGCGGGCUGCACUAUGAGGUGGACGCAGAGGGCGGCGUGUUCAUCCAUGGGCACAACAUUAGCGAGUUUACACUCAUUCUCCUCAAUCUGCUCCACAGGUUUAAUCUGAGCUCGAAUACAUUGUACCCUGGUAACGUAUCCCUUGCCAUCCGCAACCAGGAGUCUGUCCGAAAGUUGCUGUCUAUGACAGCCACCUCGCCAUUCGCCACGGAGCUGCUCUACAACGGGACAGGGAUACAGCAGAGACUUUCACGCAGGCAUCUCCUCAUGUUUACAUCGUGGAAGACCCGCAUGGAGGAGGUCCAGCGCUUUACGGGCACUGUCGCCUUGAACGACGGGGUCCCGAUGGCCGUGGGAAGAGAGACGGCGGCGGACUGGGUCGACAGCCCGUUUGCCUGGCCGCUCCAGUUCGACUUUGGUGGGACGAUCUUCGAGUGCCCGCUCCUCGCCAGGACGUUUGAGUUGACACGCGAUGCAUUUACCAACACAUCGCUGUACUACGCCAACGGGCACACCCUUAAAGCAACCCCCCGCAGCAUCGUCUCGGGCAGCUGGCCCUUCAGCAACCUCCCCUACCGCGGUCCGGUGCCUCCCUUGAAGGAGCCCACCCGUCAGACCUUCCUGAACAUGCUGGUGUUCCAGGCAUUGAAAUGGAUCGACCAGACCCCCUUCAACCGGCAGUUCUUCUACGACCUCUUCAGUGCCUUACCCGGCAUGCUCAGGGAUUUUGCCCGCUGUGACCGCCAGGCGGUGAUGCUCUGCAGUCGCCACCACUACACGCUCCUCGUCUCGGGCUUCGUAAUCGCCGUGGUGUGGUCUGGAGUGUCGCUCGUGGCGUCUUCCUUCCGCAUCCCGUACCUGACCACAUUCCUCUGGACCUCCUACCCCCUCGUUGUGAUUUACUACGCCUUUGGAGUGUCGCCCCUCUGCCUCCCAAUGGUUCCCACCUGCAUCUUCCAGGACUUCGUCGAGGUCCUCAACUUCUUCUUCCCCGCCACACUCCGCUUCCCCGACAGUCUGCAGAAGAGCCCCGGCUGUCUGGACGCAGCCCCGAAUGCCACGGCCAGGGAGGACUGCCUGCUCUCCUGCUCCCUCCAGCCCUUCGAGUACGUCUCCUGGGAGUCCGAGGUGGCGUGGUGGACUUGCUUCGCCUCUACCGGCCUGUGUCGGUCCGUCGAUGGCGUGGUGACGAGCAUGCCCCUCCUCAACAAGCUGACCUCUCUCCACCGCGAUCUCGUCGUCAAGGCCGCCAUCGUGGAGGGCGAAAACGCGGACAUGAUCCUCGCCCAGUCCGUCUGCGCCGCGCUCAACGUAUGGAGGGUCAUACCCAUCGUGAUCCUACUCUUCAUCGUCAUGUACGCCUUCAGCGUCAUCGCCACCUUCCCCUUCUUCGUGGUCAACGAGUUCGUCCGGCUCGCGAUACAGGGCGUCAUCAUGAGCCACACGGACUGA